AUGGCUUCAACUCCUGGAUCCCCAUCAGCAAUUCAGCUGCACGGAGCGACUCUCGAAGGCGGAGGUCAAUUAGUCCGUAUCGCCCUUGGUCUCUCUGCCCUCACCAAGAAGCCAAUCAGUAUCAAUAACAUUCGUGCAAGACGUUCAGGUGGCGGUGGUCUCAAGGCUCAACACUUGACCAGCGUCCAAUGGCUCGGUGAGGCCUCCAACGCGCACGUUACGGGCGCAGAACUAAAGAGCAAGGAAAUUACAUUUUCUCCAAAUACCACUGGCGGAAUAGGCACAAUUCUUUCUGCAGGAGAAGUUCGCAUUAGACAGUCUACACCCGGAAGUGUCAACCUCGUUCUACAAGCCAUACUCCCGUAUCUCCUCUUCUCGGGGGCAUCCUCACCACUACGUGUUCAAAUAAUAGGAGGAACAAACGUAUCCAACUCGCCAUCAUGUGACUAUAUAACACAAGUCCUGCUACCAACACUUGAGCUCAUCGGUAUACCACACAUCACUACUAACCUGCACUCGCGAGGCUGGUCUCAAGGCACGACUAGUCUCGGGAGCGUCACAUACACGAUCACCCCCUUGACCAGCACACUUUCAUCUUUCCAACUAGUAAACAGAGGCGAAGUGGAGCGAGUAACAGCCACCAUCAUCGCCCCCAAGGCCACCGAACGUCACUUCCGCGAAGAACUAAACGUAAUGUUCGAGCGUCGCCAAUCCCGCUUCUCCACCAGCAAUGAAGUGGAUGUACAAAUCACAUUCGAAGACUCGCACCAUGAAAAGAGAUACUACCUCCUCUUGGUAGCCACCACAUCUACCGGCAUGAAGCUAGGUCGCGACUGGCUGUACGAUCGGGGCGUGCGAGCAGGUCAACAGCCGCAACAAGUCGUUGCCGGUAUUGUGAAAACGGUGUCGGAUAAUUUGCUAUCGGAGAUCGAACAUGGCGGCUGUGUAGACGAGUAUCUACGCGAUCAAUUGGUUGUUUAUCAGGCACUUGCGCAGGGGAAGAGUGAAGUAUAUGGAGGGAAGAGGAAAGAUGAGCUUGUAAGGCCGAGUUUGCAUGCGAGGACUGCGCAGUGGGUGGCAGGGGAGAUACUUGGAGUUGAGUUUGAUGAGCGGGGAGGGUGUGAGGGAAUUGGAUUCGUGCCUGGCAGCGAGGAGGAGUUGGUACGGGAACUGGAUGCACUUCAUGUUGCGGAUACGUAG